GGCCAUCGAAACUGUGUUUCCUGGCAAACGAAGUUUCCUCCUCUCGAGGUCGACAUUUGUGGGGUCGGGGAAGUACUCAGGGCAUUGGCUGGGGGACAACACGGCAUCGUGGGAUCAGCUGAAGUGGUCAAUCCCUGGAAUUCUGGAAUUCGGGCUCUUUGGGAUCCCCUAUGUCGGUGCUGACAUCUGUGGGUUCUUUGAGAACACGACGGAGGAGCUGUGCAGGCGCUGGAUGCAGGUGGGAGCGUUUUACCCCUUUUCCAGGAACCACAACACCGAACUCUGCUCCCCCCAGGAUCCAGCCUACUUCGGCGCCGACUCCAUGUUGGUGGCAUCCUCCAUCCAUUACCUGAACAUCCGCUACACGCUGCUGCCCUACCUCUACACCCUCUUCUACAAAGCUCACACACAGGGGGACACGGUGGCACGGCCCCUCAUGCACGAGUUUUACUCAGAUGAAGCCACGUGGGACGUGGACAAGCAGUUCCUGUGGGGCCCUGCGUUGCUCAUCACUCCAGUGAUGGACCCAGGGGUGGAGGUGAUCCAGGCUUACAUCCCUGAUGCUGCCUGGUACGAUUACGAAACGGGAGCCAGGAUCUCGUUCCGCAAGCAGAGCGCAGAGCUUUACCUCCCCGCGGACAAAAUGGGGCUGCACCUCCGGGGGGGCCACGUGGUGCCCACCCAGCGCCCCAACACCACCACUGUUACCAGCCGCAGGAAUGCGCUGGGGCUGAUCGUGGCACUGGACGACAACGGGACAGCAGUGGGGGAGCUUUUCUGGGACGACGGCGAAUCGACGGGUGAGUGACGCCUGGGACCCCUC